UCGUCUCCUGCAAUCCCUUAUAAGUAAGGAAAUUCCCUCCCUCCCUCUCUCUGCAACCUCAUUCAUUAAUCAUUGCCUCAACACAAAGCCACCACCUACUCACGCAUCCAUCAAACCUAUAUAUACAUAUUGAAUCAUACCCUUCUUACUGAUUUAUCAUUUUCGGAGAAAAUGGAUUUUGAACUGAGAAGGGCGAGAGAGAAGCUGGAGAAAGAGCAAAAGGAGAGUAAAGAGAAAGCCAGAUUGAAGCUGGAAAGAGAGAGAAAAGCUAAAGCAGAGGCAAAGAAGCAAAGAGAGGCCAUUGAAGCCGCGCAAAGAUCUCGAAGGCUUGAUGCUCUUCAAGCCCAGCUCAAGGCUGAUGAGCGAAUGCAAGAAAAUUUACUUGCUGGGAGAGGAAUAAUGUUUUCUCGAAUACUGCAAGCUAUAUCCUUUCAUGGUAGUGGAGACAAGAUUAAAUUACCUCCUUCCUGUUUCGCAGAAUUGUCUGAUCAAGGUGCUUUUGACAAAGGACCAAUAUAUUUCCAAUUAUCAGUGAUUCAUCAAGAUGGUCCAUCUGAGACAAAGACUACUGACCCAAAGCAGCGGACAACCCACUCAGGUGUUCUUGAGUUCACUGCAGAGGAAAGUUAUGUUGAGCUUCCUCCUCAUAUAUGGAAUAACCUGUUUCCUGUAGGAGCACCAAAUGCUCCUCUAGUUGAGCUUCAUUAUGUCUGGCUACCUAAAGGAACUUAUGCAAAGCUUCAACCUGAAGUUGUUGGCUUUUCUGACAUCCCCAAUCACAAGGCUGUCCUUGAAACAACCCUUCGGCAGCAUGCCACUCUUUCUCAAGGUGAUGUGAUCACUGUCAACCAUGGGAUACUAGCAUACAAGUUACGGGUUCUAGAGUUGAAACCUUCCUCUAGUGUCUCUGUCCUGGAAACAGAUAUUGAGGUUGAUGUAGUUGGUCCAGAUUCAGUUUCAGAGAGCACAAAUCAACAUGUCCUGAAGCCACUUAAUUUUGGAAUGUCAGAGGCUGUAAUGGUUGAAGAAGGGAACUAUGAUUAUUAUAAAUUUUCUAUUGAUAAUGAUACUUGGGAAAAAAUUGCUUCUGGGGAUGUCAGAGUUGAAGUAAAGAUAGAUGCUGAAACUAGUGGUGGUGAUACCGAUCUUUACAUGUCCAAGCAUCCUCUUAUAUUUCCAACUCGGCAUCAACAUGAAUGGUCUUCUCAUGAUGUGGGGUCAAAAGUUUUGAUCCUUAGCUCCAAGGAUAAGAACUUUGGUGUGGGUGCUUACAGCAUUGGUAUAUAUGGUUUCAAGGGAACGACAAAGUGUAAGGUAUUGGUUAGCGUUGAAAAUAAUAUUAGUCUUAAGAUGGGUCAACAAGCUGGAUCUUCAUCAUCUGUGGAGAUUGAUACUGUAGAGUGUAGGAAUUGUAAGCAUUUUAUACCCUCCAGGAGUAUAGCACUGCAUGAGGCAUAUUGUAUUAGACAUAAUAUUGUUUGUCAGCAUGCUGGUUGUGGAAUUGUUCUGAGGAUUGAGGAGGCCCAAAACCAUGUGCAUUGUGAGAAUUGUGGCCAAGCUUCUCAAAGGGGAGAAAUGGAAAAGCAUAUGAAAGUUUUCCAUGAACCACUUCAGUGUCCCUGUGGAGUAGCCCUUGAGAAGGAAUUGAUGGUACAACACCAAGCUUCAGCUUGUCCCCUACGCCUUAUAACAUGCCGAUUUUGCGGCGAUAUGGUUCAAGCUGGGAGUUCAGCUAUGGAUGUGAGGGACCGAUUAAGAGGCUUAUCUGAGCAUGAGAGUGUUUGUGGGUCUAGAACAGCCCCAUGCGACUCUUGCGGACGAUCCGUCAUGUUGAAGGAGAUGGACAUCCACCAAAUUGCUGUUCAUCAAAAAAGUUAAUUACAAGAACCAAACUUAAAUUAUCAGACAAGAACCAAGCUUAAAGGGCUGGCCAUGUGAUCAUGUGCUGGGGAAGCAUGAUUUAGCAAAUCCAUUUUUUAUCCGAUUGAACCCUGGUUGCUUUAUAGCAGUUAUGGUUAAUCAUGUGUUUGAAAAUCGACUCCUGUGCAUAAGAAAAGUGAUAAACCAAAGAAAAGUAUUGCUGUAUCAUGUGAUUGUUUAAUUUAAUGUAAGCAAUGUAUGUUGCUUUACAUCUCUGCAUGGUGAAUAUGUUUUAUUAUUCUUAAAUUUGUAAUUUUUUUUUUAAUAAAGAAGAUUGAUGGCCAAA